AUUUACUCUUUUAUUUACUCGUGUAAUGAGAAGAAAGAAUAAGUACAAUGCUUUGUUUUUAUACAAAUUUAGAAUUUCAUGAAUAUUAAUUAAAGUCUUCAACACAAGAGAUCAUGUAAUAAUAUUUAAAUAAAGUGAAAAGUAGACAUAAAUGAUAUCUUGGCAUGAAGAUUUAUGUUUGUGAAUCUUGUUAUUUGUGAGUUGCAAAGAAAAAAAAAACGAGUUACGGCGUUGAUUUAUUAAUUUUUUACAAAAUUCAUCAUUAUUUAAAGAAGAAAAUUUAAUUAUCUUAUUAACAAAACUUUGGUUUACAUACGAACCUCGGUUUGGCCAUUUCAUUGGAUCGUCGGCUUUCAGGUUUUAAACGGUUUAAUACAUAUUUUUAAGUAGUUCAAUUUUAACUGGGUUUUGCUAUUUACUCAACCCGGACUGGUCUCCGGUUCGUGAUUUAACCCGGUCCGACCGCCGGUCCAGGUUUAAAAACACUGAAGAAUGGAAAUCACAAAAAAUCAGUCAAAUCUUAGAAAAAGGAAUUAGACCUUGAAUUCAAUCAUAUAUAAAUAAGGAAACUCCUCAAAGACUAAAAGGAAAGAGACUCAUCUAGACACAUCACAUAACAUUUAAGCACCUCGCCAAUCAUCUACGUAUAUCGCCUAUCAUCUACGCAGCAUUCCACCAAGGCUGAAAGGAGAAGCCGAGAACAACUCACCUUGACAGGUUCGAGUUACUCGCUUAGUUGAUCAUCACAAUUUAAGACGAUUUCAACUCACCUUGACAUGUACGAAUAACUCGCCGAAUUGAAUGACUAAAAAUAUUUCUAAGUAAACUCGCCUUCAUCUAGGCACUAAGACGGGUUCAACUCACCAUUAUAGGUACGAUGUAACACCCCGACCCGAAAAUGUUCGUGAGCCUCCACGUCCACUCUUGGUUUGUGAGCUUCACUCUCAUUUGACGUCCGGUGCGUUGUUGGAGAGAUUCGGUAAACAUGAUAUACUAACCCUGCAAAAACGAUACGGUUCCCCGUUCCUUGUCCUCACUCACAAGGUACCAUGAUUAUCCAGCCUGCACCAGCUUCUUGAUAGGUUACCCAUCCUUUGAUUUCUCCAACUUAAGCACACUUAACUUUAGAGUUCUCUCCAGAUGGUUAACCGAAAAGGUAAGUGCACUUUGUAUCAUAGAUAGCCAAAUUAGUUCUUAUAAGCCUUUUCCAGCUAAUCUACCACCACAAACCUGGGGUACUAUAUUCACCCUCACUAACAGAGUGGAACGUCCUCGUUGCACAUAUUGAUCGUCACCUCCAAUGUUGUGAGUCCACUCGACUAAACAGUCUCAACAGGUUUCAGCACUGAUAGCAAUUGUAAGGUCCGACCCCCCAAUGUUCGUGAGCCCCCACGUCCUCUCUCGACCCAUGAGUCUCACCCUCAUUUGACGUCUGGUGCGUUAUCGAAAAGGCUCGGUAUACUUGAUCUACUGACCCUGCAAACACGAUGUGGCCGUUCCAUGUGCUUUGUCCUUACUUACACGGUACCAGGAUUGACCAACCUGCAGCAGCUUCCUGAUACGUCACCCAUCAUUUGUUUGCUCCAGCUCAACCACGCUUAACUCUAGAAUUAUCUCUGGAUGGUUAACUGAAAAGGUAAGUACACUUUGUAUCAUAGAUAGCCAAAUCAAUUCUUAUAAGCCAUUUUCACUUAAUCUACUACCACAAACCCGGGGUACUACAUUACGACCUCUCACAAAUUUUCAAGGGAAUUGCGAGAGGUUUUGUCAAGGAUCUUAGUCAUGGGCAUUUGUUCUCGGUAUUGGUUCCAGAUCAGUUCUUCGUUUUUUUUGGUUCUUUGGUUCUAAAUUUUAGGAUAUGUUCGAGUAUUUAGAAAAUUCAGUAUGGUUCGGUUUCGGUUUCUUUGGUUCUCAGUUCGGAUGAAAAAUUUGGAAACCGGAUAAUGUCCAGAAUAUUUUUGGAUUCUAUUCGGUUACGAUUUUUCGGUUAAUACGGGUUAACAAUUAGAAAAUUUUGGAUUUUUGGAUUAAAUAUCUGAUUUUUGGGGUUUCAAAUAAAAAUUUGGAUAGUUCUGUUACUUUUAAAUAUUUCAUUUAAAAAUAUUCUAGUAAUUCGGGUUUUGGGUAUUUCAGUUUAUAAAUAGUAUUUUUAAAUUAUUUGAUUAUCUUAAAACUAAAUACAGUACAAUUAAUUUUUAUAAGUAUGUAAAUUAUAUUAUAGAAAUUUAGGUAUAUAUUCGUUCUUGAUUCGGUUCCAGUUCAGUUUUGAUUCGGUUCCGUUUCGGUUCUAGUUUCUUGGUUGUAGAGAUUUGUUCGAAUAAUCGGUAGGAUCCAAACUCGAACUAAAUCUUUUUUAGGUUCAGUUUCUGUUCCGAAUAAAUGUGUUCAUGCUUAUAUCUUUGUGUUGGAUUACACAUUUAAUUUUGACAUAUAAUGCUUAACAUGCACGUAGAUAAUAUUUUGGAAAUUUUAAUCAACUACGGUUAUGAACUCAAAUCCUGACACAUGACUAAUGUUACGAAGUACUUAACAUCAAAACCCUUCAAGUUCAAUCUAUAUAUCAAUAUAUCCAUCAACUAAUUAAAUUCUAAAGUGUUUGAACAUAUUUUCACCUCAAAUAACUUAUUCAAAAACCGAAUGUGGAUAACUUUUCCAACACUUGAACUAAUAUUACGAAUUACUUAUAUCAGAACCAUAUAAAACUAUACAAUCAACAUACGUCAUCAAAUUGACACUAAUUUUUAACAUAUUUUCAGGUUAAAUAAUUUUUCCGGUACAGAAAAAUACAUAUUACUCCACUAAAAACAUAACAAAUCUUCGAUUUGCAAGAGAUUUGCAUGGAGAAUUAGGUAACAUAUAAACUCAUACAUGUUCUCUCAACCACUCGGGCCGCUUAAUAUUUUGCUCUUCUCACAUCGCAUCUCUCUCCUGCCUGAUCUCAAAACGAUUAGAGAAUGAUCCAAAGCCUUGGAAGACACUCAAAACGAUUUCUCUUGUUCAGGAAAACACAGCCGAUUCAAUUCUUGCGUACCGUAACGUCAGCGAAUCUGAAUGACACUUUACAUAGUCGGGUCAUGGCCGUGGAGAAAAGAUUCCUAAGGAGGGUUAAGGUCACACCUGUGCUUGACGAAUGGCUGAAACAAGGCAAUGAAACAAACCCUACGGAUCUGAGAGCCGUCAUCAACGCUCUCUGCCAGUCUCAGCGAUUCGAUCACGCCCUCCAGGUCUCAGAGUGGAUAACAAAACGAGGGGUGUUCGAGCUAAGCACUCUAGAUUUUGCAUAUCGGCUUUAUCUUAUUGAGAUCAAUUCAGCGUUGAGCGAAGCAGAGAAGUUCUUCAAAAGCAUUCCUGAGAACAUGAAAGACGAAUCAGUCUACACCACUCUCUUAAGCUUCUACACAAAGUCCAAGAAAACAAGGCACGAAGCCGAAGCCACUUACGAGAAGAUGAAGGAGAAAGAUCUUCUCUUCAUACCUAACCCUUACUACGAGAUGAUCUCUCUCUACGGCCUUCUUGGGGAAACAAAUAUGGUCGACGAGGUUCUGAGGCAGAUGGAGGAGAACGAAGUUGUCCAUGACAAGACUCUCACGGAGAAUAACGUUUUGAAGGCUUACGCGAGUGUACCUGCUGACGUGGAGGCAAUGGAGAAGUUAUUUCUGAAAAGAAUCGAAGAUGAAACGCUACCGUUUGUAUUGGCUUGGCAAACGGGAAUAAGCAUGGCAAAGGCUUACUUAAAAUGUGGUUCAAGUGGAAAAGCGAUAGAGAUGUUGCGCAGAACAGAACUAGUGGUUGAUGCAAAGUCGAAAGACGCAGCGAGCAAGGUGUUGAUGGAGAUGUAUGGGGAGGCUGGAGCUAAGCAAGAUGAGUCCUGCCUCUAUAGGCGUAUCAAUCAGAAUGCUAAGCAAGGACAGAGAAAAGGAAGUGGUGGACGAAGCUCUCACCACCCGGGAUACUAUGGUGGAUGUGGUGGUGGGGGUGGUAGCCGCGCUGAUGAUAACGGUGGUGGUAUCGGUGCUGAUACUGACGGUGGCAUUGGCGGUGGAUGUGAUAGUGGUGGUGGUGGAUGCGGUGGUGGAUGCGGUGGUGGUAGCUAGGAUUGAGAGUAGAAAACAAAGUAGAGAGUCAUUGGUCAUGUUUUAGUCAAAAUAAUGGUUACUUAACUACCGUCAAAUGUUUUACUUAUUGGUGAUAUGGCUUUACCAUAUUGUCUAACAUUGUGUUGUACAUCUUGACCAUCAAUUUGUAGGAUAUUAAUAAAGCACCUAUAGGCAA